UGUCAAUUCAAUUGAUUUUUUUCUUUCCUUGAAACGGAGUUUCGUGUCGUGAUUGUUUUCGUUAGUUACCGUUUUAUAUCAGUUAAUAAGUGAAAUCCCAUUGAAAAAAGGUGUUGAUACGUUGAUUUUUGACCCAUUCUUCCGUCGAAACUCAGCAAAGAUGGAGCAGGUGCUGUACAACGUGGCGCAGACGGUGGAGAAACAGCUGGACAGCGAGUUAGAGAAGCUGGAUGCCCUGGACAACAGUGACCUGGAGGCGAUCCGGCAGCAGCGCCUCACCGAGAUGAAGCAGAGAGCUCAGAAGAAGCAGGAAUGGCUCGCCAAUGGCCAUGGCGAAUACACGGAGUUGGACGGCGAGAAGGAGUUCUUUGGCGUGUGCAACAAAUCCGACAACGUCGUGUGCCACUUCUACAAGUCGGACUCGCCGCGCUGUCGCAUCGUCGACAUGCAUCUCAAGAUCUUAGCGAAGAAGCAUGUUGAGACGCGGUUUGUCAAGAUGGAUGCCGAGCGGGCUCCCUUUCUUGCGGGCCGGCUGAAGAUCCGCGUGAUCCCCACCAUCGCGCUGGUAAAGAGCAACAAGACCAAGGACUUCAUCGUGGGGUUCACGGAGCUCGGCAACCGGGACGACUUCUCCACAGAAACUUUAGAGUGGAGGAUUGCCAGAUCUGACCUGAUCGAGUACUCCGGUGACUUAACUGUGCCCCCCGAGGAAGCCCGAGCGCAGCGAAAGCUCCACCUGCAGAGCAAGAAGACUGUCCGGGGGCGACAGGACUCGGACUCGGAUGACGGCCUCAGCGACUGAUACACUACGUUACUAUAGCUGUAGCUUUAAAUUCUAAGUGACCCGUUAACAAAGACAACCAACCCUCCCGAAGACCUGAGCGCAGCGAAAGCAUCUGCAGAGCAAGAAGACAGUUCGUGGGAGGCAGGAUUCAGACUGAUAGAGAGUUAAACCAAGCCAAGUUGGCAGCGAUUUUGAUAGCAUAUACUGUGCAAAUGUCAUUUUGAACGGCAAACUUGUAUCCCAGAGGAUGUAGUAUCAGCCCAAAGUGUCAAUGAGUUUAAGAAUAAAUUAGAUAAGCACGAAGCAAAUUCUACUCAACACUGAGAACUCGGUUUACAGGCAUUAUCAGUUAUUUAAACUGCCUGCCUGCAUUACAAAUAGCAAUAAUAAAAACUUCUGUGAAAAUAUGAUGUUUCAAAUAACACUUGCGCAGUCUGUGCUAUCAAAAUCGCUGCCAAGCUGGGCUUGGUCUAACUCUAGUGCUGUUUGGCAAUGGUUUCGAAAUGCUGUGACCCUUAUUACAUAAUAGCUACUAAAGUGUCCCUUGAAGAACAAAUGGACGAAUGAUUAUGAUGGUCUCAUUUUAUAAGAAUUAGUUGGGUCUCUAUUGUUGCCCAUUUUUAAGUUAUAAUGUAUUAUUUGUCCAUAUUUUCGUUAGUCAUUAUCAUAAUUUGUUUUUUUUUGGAAACGCGUAACUUUUCAGGAUUGCCAUAAAACAAACUUAAACUAUCUAUAGGAUAACCCGAGGAAAGUCCUGAAAAGUUAACGGUUUCAGAAUUAUGAUGACACAUGAAUUAUAUGACAAUCAUUACAUUAUGACUUUCAAUAAUUAUGUCAAACGAAGGGACCCCGAAUUGGUUACAUGAUAGUUCUAAAAAUUUAAAAAAUUCUACACUUACAAUUCACAUACUGUGCUUACUUUGAUUAGAAUUGUAUUUAUUAGGGUCCGUUGUCAACUAGGAACUCUUAUAAAUUAAAAUUUGAAGUGUAAAUGCAGCUGGCAUUAAGACGAAAUUGGAGGACCCGCGCGAGACCGCCUUUUCAUACAAACGUAGUCCUCAUUUUCCUCCCGGGACAUUAACAUUAUUAUUGAAAAUAUUUUGACACAAUUUGUUGUGAAUAUAUCAACCACAGAUAUGCCCUUCGUUGAAUUUUUUUCGAUUUUUUAAUUAUUAUAGGAGUUGGAGCAUUUAAAAUUUGUAUGAAAUUUGUUUCGCUCCUAUUUUUUACCAUAAUCAAAAUAUCGAAAAAAGUCAAACGUAGGCUCAUAGCUAUGGUUAAUAUACAUCCAAUUUUGUAAAAAUAUUUUCCAUUAAUGUCAAUAUCCAGAGAGGAAAAUGGGGACUACGUUUGUAUGGAGAAAUAGUCGUCCCCUUUCCUCUUAAAUCAUAUUAUACAGUCCAUUCCGUUUAAUAACGUGCAUUUUACAAACACUUGUUUUAGGUUUUAAAAGGCCUUUGAACUCAUUAGCUUAAGUUUUGUGCCUUCAUAACAACUUUUUAUGUUUGGGAGAUGAUGUUUUUUAAAAAUAUACACGCUCUCCUUCAAAAUUAAACUAUCAUAAUUCAGCAUCUAUUUUAUUAUUAUUUGUAUUUAAAAUACAUUCAAUUUUUUUGCA